AAGUACUGAAGUUGUCCCUACCGCCUCCCUUGAACUCUCCUUUCCUACCUUUCUCUCAAAUUUCCUUGAAAAGGCUCUCUUUUUUCUUCCCAAAAUGCGUGAAAUUCUUCACAUCCAAGGAGGCCAAUGCGGCAACCAAAUCGGUGCCAAGUUCUGGGAAGUUGUCUGCGCCGAGCACGGCAUAGACACCACCGGACGGUACAUCGGAGACAACGAACUGCAACUUGAGAGAAUUAACGUGUACUACAAUGAGGCUAGUUGUGGGAGGUUCGUUCCCAGAGGUGUUCUCAUGGAUCUUGAGCCUGGGACUAUGGAUAGUGUCAGAUCUGGUCCAUUUGGGCAGAUCUUUCGACCCGAUAACUUUGUUUUUGGGCAGUCCGGGGCAGGAAAUAACUGGGCUAAAGGUCAUUAUACUGAAGGUGCAGAGCUGAUUGAUUCAGUGCUUGAUGUUGUCCGUAAAGAGGCUGAGAAUUGUGAUUUACUGCAAGGGUUUCAGGUUUGCCAUUCUUUGGGAGGAGGGACCGGAUCUGGGAUGGGAACUCUUUUGAUUUCAAAAAUAAGAGAGGAAUACCCAGAUCGAAUGAUGCUUACUUUCUCUGUAUUUCCCUCACCCAAGGUCUCUGACACAGUUGUUGAGCCUUAUAAUGCAACUCUCUCUGUCCAUCAGCUUGUUGAAAAUGCAGAUGAGUGUAUGGUUCUUGAUAAUGAAGCUCUUUACGACAUCUGUUUCCGCACCCUCAAGCUCACCACUCCAAGCUUUGGGGAUCUGAACCACCUGAUUUCGGCAACAAUGUCUGGAGUGACCUGCUGUUUGAGGUUCCCAGGUCAACUGAACUCUGACCUCAGAAAGCUUGCUGUUAAUCUCAUUCCUUUCCCCAGGCUUCACUUUUUCAUGGUGGGUUUUUCUCCUCUCACCUCACGUGGCUCCCAACAAUACAGAGCCCUGACAGUCCCUGAGCUCACCCAACAAAUGUGGGAUGCAAAGAACAUGAUGUGCGCAGCCGAUCCACGCCACGGGCGUUACUUGACUGCCUCAGCAAUGUUCCGGGGCAAGAUGAGUACUAAAGAAGUUGAUGAGCAAAUUAUUAAUGUCCAAAAUAAAAACUCUUCUUACUUUGUGGAGUGGAUUCCCAAUAAUGUGAAAUCAUCAGUUUGUGAUAUCCCACCAACUGGGUUGAAAAUGGCUUCUACAUUUAUUGGGAACUCAACUUCGAUUCAGGAUAUGUUUAGGAGGGUGAGUGAACAGUUCACUGCCAUGUUUAGAAGGAAGGCUUUCCUGCAUUGGUACACAGGAGAAGGAAUGGAUGAAAUGGAAUUUACAGAAGCUGAAAGCAAUAUGAAUGAUUUGGUUUCUGAGUAUCAGCAGUACCAAGAUGCCACAGCUGAUGAGUAUGAUUAUGAGGAGGAAGAAGAGGAUGUUGAGUAUCAGCAGUAAUAUAUUGAUUAUGUUGUUUCUGGUUGCCGGUCUCUGGCAAUUUUUUUUUUAUGCUGUUAUAUGUAGCAGGAAGAAUAUCAAAGUUUACUUAAUAUUUUCUCUUCUAUACUAUAUGAAUUUGAAGUUUUCUUAGCUGAUCAAGGUGAACCCUAAAUUUUGUAUCCUACUAGUGAUAUAGCGGUUGGUUGGGAACUAACCAAGCAGGGCAAAGAAGGCUUGUAUUUUCGUUGUUGAUUUGGAACAAUAGAAAAUGUUGGAAAUAUAUACUGAGUUUAGGAGAGAGAAAA